AUGCUUCUCGGCGAAUCUCAUGCUGAGGAACGCGAUGCUGAUAGUUCCGCUGAAGAAGACUGGGAGCUCCCUAUCCCGGACUACGUAUUUCCUGAACGAGCUCGGCUUGUGGAGAACUUUUACGGUCCUCAGGCAGAAGAUUUUGACGAGGACAAAUUACUUACUCGACGCAUCCAGGUUACCAAGGACAUGGUUGCACUUCUACAGCUUUGCGAACCGAGUAGGCGAGGCAACCGAGUUAAUUGGGAUCUCGAUGAGGAGGGAAAUAGACCUAUUGAACAGUCCGAACAACUAGCGUCCUUUGAAGAGGAUGCUCGACAAUGUCCAACUGAUGUUUGCAUCAUCUGCUGUGGUGAAUCUCGUCGCUCAGCAUCGAAUCCUCCUCCGCAUAAAUUUCCAGCCAGGCGAAAAGAUUCUCUUCGCCGUCAUCUCAUCGACGCCCAUUUCCUUUAUGUGCACGACGGCAUCAGCUGCACUUGGGCAACCUGCAGCCAUGUGCCAAAGUUCGCCAAAGUCACUGAGUUUCUGGCCCAUGCCGCCAAAGUGCACACAUAUGAUGUCAAUAUCAAACUUUGCCAUCUCCUAGAAGAGUCACGGCCUGUUUGCCGCGCCAUUACAUCCGUUGACAGCUCAGAGGUAUCUUCGAAAUCUGAAGCUCGAUCAAGGACUGAGACUCCAGCCUCCUCUGUCGGCUUUGAGAUAACGAAUAUCGACCCACGCUUGCUAGAACCCCAUACUGUCAACACGGAGCCCCCGUCGAACCAACCAGGUACUGAUACUCUCAUGUCUUCAGUUGGUUCUGGGGUUACAAAAAGCGGCCCAUGCUCAACGGAGAUUGCUACAAGGCAAAAUUUGGCGAAGCGAGCUGCAAAGGCGGCAAGUUCCGAACCAGGGCCCCAUCGACAGUAUACGACGCGCUCAUCUCUACAUCGCGACCACUCGGAAGAGCAGCCGGAAAUAAAAAAGCGGGCAAAGGGACAACCCGCCCGCGUCAAGACUUCGCUGCGUCGGUCGAAGAGACUGAAAAGUUCAUAA